UAGCAUCUCUCCCACUCUCCCACAGAGACCAUGAUGACUGUAUGGGCAUCGUGACAGGUCUCCGUCUCUGGCAUUCCCAGCAGCUUCCCGGUGGUCUCCAGGGACUGGUCCUCAACCCCAUCUUCAAGGAGAACCUACGCAUCGCGCUCCUCGGCGGGGGUAAGGCAUGGGCUGACGACACCAGCCAACUGGGACCGGACAAACACGCCCGAGACAUCACCUCACUGGACAAGUACGCCAUGGAGCGGUGGGAGGUGAGUCAGAGGCACUGCUACUGCCCCACAGUUCAGUUUA